AUGCUUCUCCGGACCGGUUCGUUUGUGGGGCGCGCCGGAGUGCGCCGCGCGUUGCAUACUUACACGCUCUCUUCGCCGAGCAGCGACGUAAAGGUGGAUGUGAGCGCGCAUGGCAUCACAUUAUCGGCACCAUUGCGCGGCGUGCCGAAGCCGUUUACGCUCGACUAUGUCUGGCUUCGCGACGUGUGCCAAGCGCCGAGCAGCGUGCAGGCUGCAUCGCAGCAAAAGCUCUUUCACACGACCGAUAUUCCCCAGGUAAGGGAUGGCGCAUCGCUCCUGCACUCGUGCGAGCGCCCCGUCGAGAUGGAGGGCGAGGAACUUGUCGUCCAGUUUGCGAAAGAACACCCGGUUGUGAACCAGUUUACGCAGACCGUGUCGCCCGACGCGGUCACUGUGCCCGACGCACCCCACACGUCGCGCUACCCCCUCUCGUUCCUGCUGCAGCAUAUUGUGCCGGAAGCGUACCGCAAGGGCCACCGCGACAUUCUCACGCUCGGCGACUACUGGGACGCUGCUUCGCUCGCCGAGCAGCGGCGUCCCGAGAUGCAUGCAUGGCCGGACGUGCGCGACACAGACACGGGCGUCCUGGCACUGCUAGAUGCGACGCUGCGCGACGGCUUUGCUUUUGUGCGCGACGUGCCUAUUGAGCCGACCGGCAGUGCGCCCGGCCCCGACUCCGCGUAUCUACGCGUGCUUGCCGAGCGCAUAGGCGUGAUCCGGCACACGUUCUACGGCACGCUCUGGGAUGUGCGCUCAAUUGCGUCGUCGCAAAACAUUGCCUAUACAAAUGUGGACCUCGGUCUGCACAUGGACCUGUUGUACUUUCAAAAUCCCCCCCGUUUCCAGCUGCUUCACAUGCUGCGCAAGCGCGUCCAAGGCGGUCAGAGCCUGUUUAUCGACAGCUUCCGGGCGGCCGAGCGCCUCUGGGUCGAGGACCGCGAGGCAUUCGAGAUUCUCGCUUCGACACCGGUCGCCUUUCACUAUGACAACGCUGGCGAGCAUUACUAUUACACGCACCCCACGAUCGAGCUCGCGCACGACACGGAGGCGUUUGCGGGCGCCCCCCACGGCGCCGCGCAGAUGCCUCGGAUUGUUGCGGUGAACUACUCGCCGCCCUUCCAGGCCCCGUUGCCGCUGCACACCCCCUCGCUGUCGAGUGUAGAAAAGCGCGAGGCGUUUUACCGUGCGCUGAAGCGGUUUGCCGACCUGACGCUGUCGCCGGAUAUGCUCUUUGAGCACACCCUCCAGGAAGGCGAGUGCGUCCUGUUUGACAACCGGCGUGUCCUCCAUUCGCGCAAAGGUUUCGACUGGGACGCCUCCGAGCCUGUCGGCGAGGUUGGCCGCUGGCUGAAAGGAUGCUAUGUCGAGGGCGACUCGCUCUGGAGUCGCUACCGCGCCCUUCGUCGUAUCCAUGAAACGUAG